AUGUAUACUUACCGGUGUUUAAAAUGUUUAUACAUUAACAUAUUGAAUAUGGACUUGCAAAAUGAAGAAAAUAAUAAAAUGCUCAUUAAACAUCCAAAAGUCAGAAGGGUUGGAAGAGCCACUGUUAAAUACAAAGGGGAUUGGAAUAAUUUACCAGAUUUGAUACUCGAAAAUAUUUUCUCUUUUUUGGACAUUGGAGCUAAACAUAACGCAUCGAAAACAUGCAAAUUGUGGAAUUCAGUUUUUCAUUUACCAUAUUCAUGGCACACAUUUGUUUUUGAUGACACGACCCUCACACGGAGAAAGUUUAACUAUUAUUCAGGAUGGCAGUAUACAUUAGAUCAUCUACGGGUACAAUUGUGCCUUCAGUCCAUUGGCCGUUACGUCAAAGUUCUGGUGUUCAAGCCGAUCACCAAUUUUUAUAACCUUUAUGAGUUCAUGAACAUGAUAUCGUUCUACGCGGAACAUGGCCAGGGAAUAGGAUCGAGAAUAAACACCUUACAGUACACAUUCCCGUGCAAUAUGGCAACGUCACGUAUCGACGAAUCGGUUUUGUACGGCACAGGAGGUAAGCUUUUGGAAGCGCUAAAAAGAUUGAUGGGAAACUUGCCGUCACUUGUGAGAUUGGAGCUGAUCGAUUUGAUGUUGGACAACGAUGACGCGCAGACAUUGUUGGACCAAGUGUGUUUCUAUUGUUGCACCACRUUGAGAUCCUUAGUGUUAGUGAACACUACUAAAUAUUUAUGUCAGUUGCUCCAUCCCGGAACUUUUAUUAAUUUACAGAUAUUAGUGAUUAGUCCUCAGAAUCUAGGAAGCGAUUUGUUGUUGAUGCUGAGUCAAAUCAGACUCAGACACUUGCACAUACUCCAAAACCGUUAUACGCCUAUCGACAUCGAAGCCAUGAACACGUUCGACUGGAAACAUUGUGUUAAGGCAAACCCAACGUUAAAAGUACAUCUCAGGGUAGAAUCUAUCAGAGAAAGACAGAUUUUAUGGCAACCUUGUUCACCCGUUUCAAGUAUAAUUUAUAAAUCGCCAAAUAUGCGGAUGAACGCUGACAUUUUAAAUAAAACAAUCGAAUUAUACUCUGAUCGGUUGCUGACGUUUGGAUAUCUGGAACUUCCGAAAUUCUUCCAACCAUCGUCGUUCAAAGAGCGAAUCGACACGACAUUGGUAAACCUAGUCCAGCUUUGUCCUAAGCUGAAUACCUUAAUGAUAAGAGAAAAAAUAUCUACGUGUACAUUGUUAUUAAUUUCAUACUAUGGCCACUCGUUGAAAUGUUUACACGUUCGUCGCAAUGCGGUUAUCUUACGGUGUGAUUGGCCACGUCAAAAUGACUGGUCGGAUGAGUUUUAUCAAUGGUUGAAAAAGUCMAGCUCAUCGUAUGAAGUAGUAGAAGAAGAAAUUUCGAUAUCUUUAGGAUUGGAUAAAUGGUCUAUGCUUUGUGAUCAAGAUUUUAAACGUAUAUCUCCACAACUUUAUUCGUCGUAUUAUAAUUAAAUGAAAUAUACCUACUCAACCAUUAGGUACUACCUUUUUUCUGUCUGAAAAAUUGCUUAUUUUUUUUUAUAUAAAAUACCAAUAAUUGUUAUUUUAUAAUUCAUUUAUCAUUCA